AUGAAGGAAGGGGAGUCACUGAAUGAGUAUCUUGCUCGAACUCUCAUCAUCGUUAAUAAGAUGAAGGCUAGUGGUGAUGCGAUCAAAGAUGGUCUCGUUGUUGAAAAGAUUUUGAGAUCAAUGACCAAAGAGUUUAAUUAUGUUGUUUGUAGCAUUGAAGAGUCUAAGAAUCGAAAAUAUGAGAAAGCAAUUAGGUGUGACUUAGACUGGAAUGUUCAUGAAAAUGGAACUAAAAAUCCUAGUUUGGAAGAAGUGGAAGGAGAUCCUGAAUUUGAUGUUGAUGAAAGAGAAGAGUAUUCUUUGGACUCUUUGAGUGGAUAUGCUACUUCAAUCUCUAAUAAAGUCAGAAACAAGAGACAACGUUGUUGGAUGGAAGAUUAUGUGUCUAGAGAGGGCCUUUUCUUAGAAGAAAAUGAGGCUCUAUUAGUGAUGUCUACAACUGAUGAUCCAAUCCAAAAAGCUAUUAAAAGUGAAAAGUGGAGGAAAACAAUGGAUGUUGAAAUGGAAGCGAUAAAAAGAAAUAACACAUGGGAAUUGGCUGAAUUACCUAAAGGAGCGAAGAAGGUGGGUGUGAAAUGGGUCUAUAAAACUAAGUUGAAUGAAAAUGGAGAAGUCGACAAGUAUAAGGCAAGGUUGGUUGUAAAGGGUUAUGCCCAAGAAUAUGGAGUGGAUUACACUGAAGUUUUUGCCCCUAUUGCACGUGUGGAAACAAUCAGUCGAGUGGAGGCUUAUUUCAUGAAAGAAAGUUUUGAGAAAUAUAGUGUUGAGCACACUUUGUUUGUUAAAAGACAAGACAAUAAAGUAGUGAUUGUUAGUCUUUGUGUGGAUGAUCUUAUUGUUUCUGGUAAUGAUGGGUUAAUGAUUGUUGAUUUCAAAGAAUCAAUGAAGCGCGAGUUUGCCAUGACAGAUCUUGGUAUUAUGUGGUAUUUUUUGGGUCUUGAAGUUCUUUAG